GUGCGCGCUCCAGUGCGGGCAGGCAGGGAGAACACCUGUCUCCUUUUCCACCAUCCUCGGUAAAAUACACCUUACGUGUUGGGUGCGAACUGAGUUAACUACUCAAAAAAGUUGACAUUUAAUUUUGAAAUUUUGGUGCUUGGUAAAUCACUUUCCAAUGUAAAUCAUUCUACCGAAUGCGUAGGCUAAGCGUGAUUAAAUACCAGAUUUUUUAAAUGGAGUCUGGCGUAGCGUUCUCUCCACACACAGCUGUGCGUAUCGGGUACCCCACUAACCGGGCUGCCUGAAGCCUGGACUGAGGGGAGGGGGACAUUGUCUGCCCCUCAAGUCUGAUGAAAUGCAGCGCUAGUUAUGAUUACUGGGAUGUUAUCAUGCGACGCUCAUGUUGAUCGUUGCAUAUCACAAGCUUGGUGGCCAGCGCGUCGGCAGGAAGUACCGACGGACUUGAGGUCAACUUGAAAAUUAACGGCAACCGUCCGCCUCCAGUGUGGGAUGUGCCAUGUAUGCUAGCUGGACAUGAGAAUGAAACCCAGUCGCAACCUCCUCCUGGGCCUGUGCUCAAUGCUCGCCCUGGGAUUCCUCUACUACUCGUCAGGGAGGAUCAGCUUACAAGGCUGGGGCCACAAAUCAUUGUAUGACAAGCAAGGGUUCCUUCUGAAGUUGGAUGGCAGUCUGCCCUUGGAGCUGAUCUACAAGUAUGGCAAUCUCAGUGAGGGAGCCUGUAAGCCUGGUUUUGCAGCUGCUAAGAUGACUGCAAUUUAUCCAAAAUUCACCAAACUGGCGCCCAUGUUCCUUGAUCCAAAUUACAAACGAUUGUCCAAGAUUGGUGAUUAUUCGCCUCCAUUUGGAGUAAAAUCACAAGAGAAGAUCAUAGAUAUUCUUCUGUCAGCUAUUAAGAGCUACGGCCUUGGGGAAGAACUUGACAGUAUGAGCUGUAAGACGUGCAUCAUCGUAGGGAAUGGAGGAAUCCUCGCCAACAAGUCUCUGGGACAGAGGAUUGAUCAGUUUGAUGUGGUGGUCAGGUUAAAUGAGGCCCCAGUGAAAGGCUUUGAGAAAGACGUCGGCUCCAAGACCACAAUGAGGAUCACCUAUCCAGAGGGGGCCAUCCAGAAGACAGAACACUACGAGACUCAGUCUUUAUUUGUCCUCUCUGCCUUUAAAGCUCUGGACCUCAAGUGGCUUCGACACAUGGUCUUCAACCAGAGGCUGCGCAGCACUGAUGGCUUCUGGAAGUCGGUGGCCAGAUAUGUUCCAAGGGAGCCAAGCGACAUGCGCAUCUUGAACCCGUACUUCAUCCAGGAGGCUUCCUUCAAGCUGAUUGGCUUACCUUAUAACAAUGGACAGAUGGGCAGAGGGAAUAUCCCAACCCUGGGGACAGUUGCCAUAACGAUGGCCCUUCAUAACUGUGAUGAGGUAGCUGUGGCUGGAUUUGGCUACAACAUGAGCACUCCCCAUGCCCCUUUGCACUACUAUGAGAGGAUCAGGAUGUCAGCCAUCAAAGAGUCCUGGACUCACAACAUAUCUAAAGAAAAGGAGUUCUUGGUGAAGCUAGUGAAGGCUGGGGUUAUCCAGGACUGGACCAAUGGGAUCUGUGGUGCAGGGUGCUGAUGGUCUGCACUCAGCUUCGUGGCUCGUGGCCUGCAGCACUGUGCUAACCCCACCUGCUCCAGCACCUGAGGAGGGAAACUCAAGGCUCUGUAGGCCAUGUUCCCAGCAGAGAGCAGCAGCCGUCAUACCCCAUGGUCACUGCAGAGACUGUGUGUGUGUGAGGCUUAUUGACCAGGAUACACUGCCCUAGUGUUGCACUUCGACAUAUUGCAGUUGGCCACUGCAUUGUAUCACAGAAUUUAGCUCUACCUUGCAGGUUAGUGUAUAUAAACAUGGAUUUGGUGCCAUGGCUCAGGGGUAUGUCAUUAGUGUUGGGGAUCAAACCAGGACCUGGACCAGGCUGCCCUACUAGAACUGCUGCAGGCUCGAGAGAAGAGGAGAGGAUAGAGAUGUUGGGUAUAAAAACACUGAGCCUGUGUCAAGAAUACCUCUAUAAGUGUCCUUCUGCUCACACAUCUGAAUGUAUUCUGCAUCAAACCUGUAGUCACUGAUUUAUAUCUUCCAGUUACUGUGUUAAACAGGGUGCACACUACAUGUCAGCCGUCCUGGACCAGUCUCUGACCUCUGAGAAUAAACCCUCUUAUCAGAGCAACAUGGCAAUCACCAGAGCUUGUUUUGUUGAGUGGGUCAGAGUCGAUAGGAAACUAGAGAGCUGGGGAACACAAGCUUCCUCAACAGCAGCAUGGAUAUCACACUCAAAUGCACAGCCUAGCUUAUCACUCAAAUGCAGAAGAGUCACAUCAUGUUUGUUCUUGUGAGGCAGCAAGAUACCAUGACUCAAGGCACCUCCCCACCCCUAGUGUCCACUGGAUGUGGAGUCACAUUUCACUACCAAUGGCACUGGAGCAGCUCACAUGUCUGAAGCAUGAAGCACUUGUGAAUGUAUAUAAAUGACAGUUGACUUAAAAUGAGAAUUUAAUGGUGCAUUUCAUGUUUUUUACAAACACGGUCUUUACAUACAAA